UUUCAAUGUUAUUUCGUCGCAAAGCCGGAGUCACAUUGCCACUGGAGUUGGAUUUUAGCAUGGGAAUGAGGAAGUAUCAGGUUUUUUUCACUGAUGACCGUGGGGCUCUCUCGGUUUUUCGGUGUAAUCUGGGUAGGUACAUGCUAGCGGCCAAGGAAAAGGUUUCAGGUGCGAAGAUGGGGACGGAGGUGCACUUAGAGACGGAGGCUUCUUUAGUGCGGAAGAUGAAAGAGAAGGCUGUGGUGGAGCCGUGCUCCCAUACCAGGCAGAGAGACGUUCAUGAUAUGCUAGUGAGGCCUGCUGCGGGGGCCGACUCGGCGAGGGAUUCGGGUUCCACGUUAUUACCAGCGGUGGUUGAGCACUGCUCCCACGGUGGGGCCGAGGCGAGGAUUCCGAUUGCUUGGGAUGCUGCUCGUUCGACCGACGGUCCCUCUGAGGUCCAGGGGAGGACUGAUGGUUCUUGGAGGACUCGGUCUCCCGAGCGUAAACCGGCAACGAGUGCAAAGUGGGUGAAGUCACUGCGUACGACCGACUGACGUGUUGAGCGUGGGAAUGUUCGUCAGUCUGUGCCGCUGGAACAGGUUAAGGUUGCUCCACGUGGCAACCUGGCUGCGUCCGAGGUUAGUGAGGGGCAGGUUAAGGAUGGGGUGGAGCAUGUUAAGGAAGGAGGGGAACAUCUUAAGGUUGUGAAUGCUUCGAGACUGAGAAUGAGGGAGAGCGAUGUUCCGUUGGACCAGGUUAACAAUAGUGCUGGGCCUCAUUCGAUGGGCUUAGGUGAGGUGAGGGGAGGCAGGUCUAGGAGGCCCAAGUUUAAUUUGCUGAGGAUCCAAUUGCCCUCCUUGUGGGGCCUUUUUCCCACUCGGCCCAAGACCCGCAUGCUCACUUUGAUUUGGACCCUAGAGACCCUUUAUUAAUUUGUGAUGUGGGCCACCAAGUGAGCCAGUAUCCGAGGUAUAAUGUUGUGGUGGAUUCAAGGGGGAUUCUGGCAUUAGGAGACAAUGAUUCUUCUGGAUCGUGGGAUCCUCAGGUGGGGGUUGUGCAUUUUUCUCUCACUAAGUUAAAGGAGAUGAAUUUUAAAGAUAUUUCUGCUGCCCCUACUUUGGAACCCCCACACGGCUUCAUGUGGAAAUUUCUCUCGGGGUUUGGGCUCUUGUACCAAGUGAUGUUCCUAUUGAUUCUGGUGGGCCCAGUGGAGAUGAGUUAUUGUAUGAGGGGGAGGGAGAGGAUGGAUCUGAUGUUCGCUCGACAGAUGCUUUAUCACAGGGUGUUGAUGUAGAGUCGGAUGACUCUGUUACUGAGUUUGAGAGGAACCUUAGAGAGCUCUUGCCAAGGUUUCAAGGAGGCAACAAUUCUGCUAUACAAGAGCAAGCUACAAGACCUAGGAAAAGUGAAAGGCCAAAAAAACCUUCGUCACGUUUCACUGAGGAUGCUGGGUACUUGACUAAACUACCGAAAUCGUCCAAGAAGAAAUUAGCUGGGGCGGAUGAAGCGAAAGGUACUAGCUCUAAACCGUUGUUUAUUUCUGAUUGGUCUAAUGUGCAAAUUACUAGUUAUUGUGAUGCAUGCGAUAUUUCCUUUAUUGAGUCAGUAAAUGAUUGUGUGAAUCAUAUUCGUUCGUUAGAAAUGUCCCAUACUUUAACCAGUGAAGGUCCGGCGGUAAACCCCCCUGGAGGUUGAGAGAACUAGACUGUUGUUGAUGAAUAUUAUUAAUUGGAAUGUUAGGGGCUGGGUAGGCCAGCGAAGCGAUUUCUAGUUAAAGAAUUUUUGCAUUUACAUUUUGUCGACAUAUGUUGCUUACAAGAAACGAAACUUGAGAUGAUUCAGCCGGCUAUCUGGAGGGAUAUUGGGGGAACUAGCCUUGAUAAGUUUGUAUUUGUUCCGGCAAAGGGGUCGACUGGGGGUAUUGUUAUAGGCUGGAAUAGUGCAUUGUAGACUGGUGCGUUGGUUCAAGUUGGGGAGUUUAGCAUGACGGUGGAUUUUGUAGCAAAGAAGGAUAACUUUAGAUGGCGAUGUACACGGUAUAUGGCCUGACUGAGAGAUCUCGUAGGUUGGAGUUCUGGGAAGAGAUAAUCUGUACCAUAGGUGAUACUGGGGUGCCAUGGGUUAUCUGUGGGAACUUUAAUGCGAUCUUUAGUGUGGAAGAUAAACCCUCUGGUAACAUCAAUUGGGAGGAUUUCCGGCACGCCAACACCUUUUUGACUGAAUUGGA